CUUGAACCCCCAAGUCAACUACCCUUCAAAGUGUGCCUGCUUUAGCUGAGUCGCAUCUGUUCCAGAUUGCGUUCCAUUAUGGGCAUCAAAAUGCCUGAGUCUUCGUCGCCUCGCGAGCCUACUUCGCCUGCACGAGACGACGACGUCUCUUUGCCUGACACCCCAGUAGAGUCGCCCUCGGGGCCUAACAGCUCAAACCAGCCUGGUGUCGCCCUUGAAGAUUUAUUCGACGACGACGAUGGAGACCUUGAGGACGAGAUUCUAGCCUCUGACGGAGCCAACUUACCGUCCUCUCCUCCACAAGCUGCGCCCAGCUCGUCGGCAGAGGCCACUCCUGCUGCUCAUCAGGAAGCCUACUCAGAUCCCAACUUGAUGCUACAGUUCUAUUCGCGGCUGUUUCCCUUUCGAUCCCUCUUUCAAUGGCUCAAUCACUCCCCAAAGCCUGGUCCGGACUUCGCCAACCGGGAGUUCGCGCUGACGCUGCCCAAUGACGCUUACCUUCGAUACCAAUCCUAUCCCACCGCAGACACGCUACGCAAAGACAUCCUGCGACACAACCCUUCACGUUUCGAAAUCGGUCCAGUGUACACCACAAACCCGAGAGACAGGAAGACCUUGAAGAAAAGUUCCGUGUUCCGGCCAUUGAGUAAAGAGAUAGUGUUUGAUAUCGACUUGACGGACUAUGAUGACAUCCGAACGUGCUGUGAGAAGGCCAAUAUCUGUUCAAAAUGUUGGUCAUUCGCUACAAUGACGAUCAAAGUGGUUGAUAUUGCGCUGAGGGAAGACUUCGGCUUCGAACAUAUUAUAUGGAUCUACUCGGGUCGUCGUGGUGUCCACGCUUGGAUCAGUGAUAAGGAAGCCAGAGAGCUUGAUGAUGACAAGCGAAAGGCAAUCACCGGCUAUUUUGAGGUACUAAAGGGAGGCGUGCAGGGUGGUAAGAGGGUCAAUCUCAAGCGACCACUGCAUCCUCACAUUGUCCGAAGUCUGGAAAUCCUCAGGCCAUACUUCCAACAGGUUCUGGCCGAUCAGGAACCUUUCAUGUCACAAGCUGGACAAGACAGGCUGCUACAGCUGUUGCCAGACAAGGCACUUAAUGAAGCACUCGCGAAGAAAUGGGCGAGCAGCCCCGAUCGACCAAGUAGCCGCAAAUGGGCCGACAUUGACGCAUUGGCCGAGACCGGAGUCAGUAAAACCUUGAACACCAAAGCACUGCUAGAAGCGAAACAAGACAUCCUUCUUGAGUAUACCUAUCCGAGACUCGACGUCGAAGUUGGGAAAAAGAGAAUCCACUUGUUGAAGAGUCCUUUCGUUGUACACCCUGGUACAGGACGAGUGUGUGUGCCAAUUACAGCUGCCGGUGAUAUGCAGCGUGCGGAGGCUUUCGACCCUCUUUCAGUACCGAAGGUCGCAGAACUUCUCCGAGAAGUGGAUCAGUUUGGUAGCGGUGAGGACGGCGAAAAGCAAGCCAACGGCUUUGUCGAAGAUGGAGUGACGAUGAGGAAGUUGAGCGACUGGGAAAAGACCAGCCUCAAACCCUAUGUUGAACUAUUCGAUUCGCAUGUCAAGGCGUUGCUGAAGAGCGAAAUGAUUCGUGUGAAACGGGAAAGAGAUGAUGAUGGCGUUACGGGAAGCGAUGCAAUGGAGUUUUGAGAUUUCGUCAUGCGGGAUACCAUAAUGAAUAGGCAUUGAUGUCAGCCCAUCAUUAACAUGAAGUUUGCACUCAACCACCGAGCUUCUCAGUGCUCCUGUUAUGAUCUCAUCAUCUUCCUUCCAGGCUUGGGCUACCUUGGGAUAUGAUUGUAUGAAGACUAGCAAAGGACUCAUGGGAAUUCCUUU